UUUCUAUGGAAGGAAACAAGAGAUGAUGAAUGAAAACAAAGAGUCUUUCAAUCCCUGUUUUGAGACAAAUAGGCACUUGAUCAUUGUGCUAUAUUUCAUUAGUUUGUUUGAUUCCUGUCACAUUCAUGGCUCAGCUACCUGGACCUGGAGAGACCUAAUUCUGUCGUGAAGCAUCAAAUGUGGCAAGGUUCCAUGAGGAAAUUCCACCUUGCGGCCUUAAGCUUUACACUAAUCCCCGUAGUUGCUCUAUUUAUUCAGAUUCCAUUCAGACAAGAAAACAAGGGAAGAAAAAGUAAUCAAGCUGCGUGAAGGUACAGGAUUCCUUGCUUCAUAUCUCAUGCAUCUCACCAAGCCACCAAUUACAGGAUCAACUAAAUGGACACAGAAUCAUAUUUCACAUCUGCCAAAAAAAGGAAAUUUACAAAGAGAACUUAAAAAGAUGUAAUAAGGCAGGAAAGUUACAAACACUGGGAAAUUUCCUCCGUUGUAAGUCAUUUUCCUUUCUGCGUCAGCUGACAGACUCUAUGAACGGAAGUAACCAGAAUUACACGCCACCAGAAUACCUGAGAACUGGGCUGGAUUAUGGUGGAUAUUCGGCUAGACCUAGUAGCAGGAAUGGAUUGUCCUCCUUGUUUCCUCCACCUGCAGGAGGUCCUCUGGUUAGUCUUCAGCAUAUUGAUAUGUUGUCUAAGAAAGUAAUUGGUGCAUCAUAUUCGAUAAUUUAUUUCCAGGAACAUAUCAGAUCAGUCUUUUUUCAUAUGAAACAGGAUCGCAGAGGAGGAGAUCCUGAUCCACGGUUGCUGUUUGGGGUAAGCAAUCCCGGUGGAUUUCUUGGCAUAUCCAGUUUUCCAGCCCCACCACAUUUGCAGAAUCAAACUCAAUACUUCAACAGUGACACAACAAGAAACACAAUACCAUGGCCACCUGCAGCUAUUGCUUUGCCAAAUUUUCAGCCGCAACCGAGUGUGCAAGGCCCCCAAGACGGGUCCAAAUUAUCCCAAGAAGAGCAAAAGAGAGUCUUGAACAGGCUGAAGAAAGAAGCAUAUAAUCCCAUGACAAAAUUGUCGAGAAGGAAACCAAAUCUGUACUACCGAGAUAGCCCACUUACUAUAUCCAAAGAACUAGAAAAAGAGAAGCAUGAAGAAGGUAAGAGGUGUCCCAUUUGCUUAGAAGAUUUUGAGCCUAAAGAGAUGGUUACGAUUACUCCUUGCAACCACAUGUUUCAUGAGGAAUGUAUUGUUCCUUGGGUGAAGAACGAAGGUCGAUGCCCUGUUUGUAGGUUCGCAAUCAGUGAAAGAUUCGGAGAAACUGCAGCUGGCUCUAGCAAUGUGACUGCAAAUGACCAUUCUGCGAGCGAUCUGGUUGCAAUCAUAAGAGCCAUGGAAGAAGCUUUUGUACCUGGAAACAUGAGGCGGUUUGUGGAGUUCCAUCCUUAACCAUAUGACCUAACAAGGACAAAUUUCCAGUUUGAGCAGACUGUUAGGGAAGUUGUUUUUCUGGAGCUGCCUUCUGUGAUUCAGAAAGACAAUACAUUGAAGAAAUUACAAUAUUUGUGUACAGAAUAUAGAUAGUCGUUUGGUAACAAAUGUGAAGAACCGAAGCAAAAUAAGACUCAGUGGAUGCAAAUGGGAUAAUUCCUCUACCACAAGAAGUUUGCGAAUGAGGAAUGGAUUCCAUCAAAGAAAAACUCGGGCAGCAAAGAGUGGUAGUUGCACGGUACUUUAUUGUGAUUCGCACUAUGUUACUUUCAUGCACAGAUGUUAAUGUCUGAUCCAAAUAAAGGUCACAAGCUAUUACAUAUA